GUGGGGCGAGGGGGGUUUUUUUUUGGGGGGGGGGAGCAUGUCCUUCAAGCGGGAGGGCGACGACCCCAGCCAGCUGCAGGUGCUGAAGAAACGGAGGGUGGCGGAGCUUCUGGCCCAUUAUAUUCCCGAGGACGAAGCCUUGUUGAUGCGCGAUGGCAGGUAUUCCUGCACUGUCUGCUUCCAACGGCCGGUUUUUGACACUCUGGACAUGCUCACGGUUCACCGUUCUGGAAAGAAACACUUAGCCAGUUUGCAGAAGUUUUACGGGAAGAAACGCUCUCUCGAGAAUGAAAUUCAGAAGCGUCAGCAUCAGGCGUACCUGGACGCGGAAGAAAAUGGCACCCAGGUGGCUCAGGGACCGGCGCCAUUGCUUGCCCAAACACGGAGGAUUACCCAGAAUGCCUUGCUGAAAACCGUGCCCUACAGCAGCUGCUGCCGCCCCAAAAGGAACGAGGCCGGUGCCAGCACUUCGGGGGCGACUGCCAGGUUCAGAGCCGCGGAGGCCCCCGGGAUGCCCAAACCCUCCGGUUCUGACUCGGUGGAGGAAGAGCGGCAGGUUGAAGAGGAAGCGAGCCCCUCUGCCCUUUUGUCCGGCUGCAGGCACACAACAGCAGAGUCUCAAAAGAAGAAGUCUGCCCGUCAAGGAAAGGGGCGCAGAACGCAGAAAUCGUCCGAGCCCAACGAUCCGGAGAAGCGACGCACCUUGGAGCAUUACCUGAAGCUGAAAAGUUCGGGAUGGAUUGAGGAUGGGUCUGGCAAAUGGGUCAAAGACGAGAACGUGGAGUUCGAUUCGGACGAGGAGGAGCCCCCAAUGCUGCCUCCGUCCUGAUGGCGGAUGGAAAAUCCACACCCCACCCUGGCCGUGCCUUGGAAGUGUGUGAGGAACACCUGGAAAUCUGGAAUUAAACAGCACAACCAUCAGAAAAUGCACUUUUGGCUCGGACACUGUGACCUUUGUGCAUUGAAAGCAUCCUUUUGCCACCUUCGUGUUUUGUCUUUUAGUAGUACAGUUUUUGGCGUUUAUUCCUCUUUGGUUGCAGUCUGCAUUUUGUUUCCCUGGGUGCAUUUCCGACACCACCUUUUUUUAAGUUCGUUGGAAAAUUUCCAAGCAAUUUCUGAGCAAGGGAGCGGCUGGAGAAGAAAAGCCCCGAAGACAUCUUUAAAGUAAAUAAAAACAGAAUUUAGGGGAACUGCUGCUAUUCAGUCGGAUGGAUAAAGAGCUGCGCUUCUCCCUCAGGAACUCAGCUCGUGCAGGACCACGAAGAUGGGAAAUCUGAUUUUCUAUUUUGGAAAGUAAAAAAAGGACCCAACUCGUUGUCUGAGAGGUUUAGGUCUGAGAAUUAGGAAACUGAGUGCCGGUUUAAUACAGUUCGAAUUCCCAUUUGUUUUUCCGCUCAUAACCUAUAUUUGGGUGCCUGCGGAUAGAGCAGUUUUAAAUGCA